AUGGCGGCUGAAACGGAAGAUUCUCAGCCAUUGUCCGAAAACGAUGUAAGUUAUUAUGUUUAGGUGACAGUUUACAAUAAUUAAUUAAAAUUUGAUAUAUAUGCCUUGAUUUUAACGUUUUAGGAAAAUGCAUCACCAUUGGUGAAUUUUGAAACUUUGAGUGAAUAUGUUACUUGUGUAGUGUCAGUUCUUCUUAACGAACCAAACUCGGAACUAAUCUCAGAAGCUUUGGACAAUGCCAAAACAGUUUUGGAAAAGUUUAUUGCUGAUUCUCAAGUACCUAUUUUGGCCAUCGACAAAUGUGUUAGGCGAAGCGACGAUGGAACAGAGGAGGUUUCCGUUCUUUAUACAGCUUUGAUUGAGAUGCAUUAUCGAAAAGAUCACGUAUCGACUAUCAUUUUUGUGAAGAAAGGCCAAUGUGUGACAACCGACUCUCCAAUUCAAGAUCAAGUACUUUUGUCUUCGUAAGUUUGAACCUCAUGGUAACAUCUGUGUUUAGAAUGGACAGUGCAGAUCCUUAUGGAUCGACAUGUGCCCAAAUUGGACGAGUAUUGGCCCCGUACUUCAAGUCGAUUAACAAGGAUAACAGACGUAACGAACGAGAAGGCGACAAGUUGGUACCUGCUGUCGAGAAAGGUCUGAAUGAAGUUGAAGUGGCUUUGGUUCAUCUGAAGCAGAACAUCGAGAUUCCAGACGUUGAUUUGAUUGUGCAUCCAAAAGUUCAAGCUAUUGUUGACGCGGCUAAAGAAGCUGGACGAAAGCCGGCCGUUUCAGACAUUGGAGACGAUUUGAACGAUGCCAACUUUUUGAACACUCUACAAUCCGGUGUUACUCAUUGGACCAUGGACAUUUUGAAGGUUACCAAGAUGGACCGGAAUCCAGAGUCGGGCACUGCGCUUCAAGAAGUUGCAUUUUGGCUGAAUCUAGAAGGCGCGUUGAAGAAGAUUCAAGCUCAAAGAGAAAGCGACGGUGUUUGUCUGACGAUUGACAUUCUCAAACAUGCCAAGAGAUUCCAUGCGACAGCUUCGUUCGAUGAAAACACACAUCUGAAGGAACGAAUGACUACAGCUUCCGACUACAACUCGUUCAUGAGAGAUCUUCCACUGAACGACCUGAUGAGUGCUAACAGUUUUGUUGACAUUUUGAAGGCGUUGACCAACAUCUUUGCUGGUUUGAGGAAGAUCAGGAACACUAAAUACCCAAAUAACCGAGCUUUUGCUUUUCUUCAAGCUUUGUCUAGAGAUUCAACUACUCAAAUUUUAAAAGUAAGAUGUUUUGCUUUUUAGAUUUAUUAUAUUUUAGAGUUGAAAUAAAACUUUGUUAAUUUUUACUUUGUUUUAGGUAUUGCAAGCUUAUCGCUUAUUGAACAUUCCACAAGAUGAAUUCGAAAGUAUUUACAAGAAGUGCUUUGAAGUUUUGAGCAAAUGGGAGACCGAGUACGAGAAAGUACAUCAAAUUAUGAGGGAACAAAAGAAAAAGGAUCCAGAAUCUUUGAAGAACCUGUCAGCCAUCAAAGGAACAAACCUCCGUCACAAAGUGUUGGAGAAGCGGAUUGAGAACAUCAAGGAAUUCAGAAGACAGCACGAGAGACUGAACAAUGUCAUCGCUAGAGUAAUUCGGGUUUCUAAUGCUGGCGGAUCUAGUGAUGGUAACGAUUCUAUUCGAGAGAUCAAUGUCGCUUACGACACCGUGAAGGGAGUUGACUGUUUGGACUUGUCAGUUGAAGGUGACAUGAACUGGGCUAGUGCUACUCGUUACUAUCAUGAGAGGAUUGGCAAGGUUGAGGCAGCUUUGGCACAGAAGUUCAGAGAACAAUUGGAGUCGUCAAGAUCGGCCGAAGAGAUGUUCAAGGUGUUUUCUCGCUUCAAUCCUUUGUUCUUCAGUAGCAAGAUAAAAGGAGAAAUGAAGGAUUACCAGAACAAGUUGAUCGAGAGGGUAAAGGAAGACAUUCAAGAGUUGCACAAGGCUUUUGAUGAUCAAGAGAAUAUCAGAAAUGCCACUGAAGCUUGUGUUAACAAUGGAAUGCCAGAUGUGUCGAGUAGAAUCUUGUGGAACAAGCAGAUUCUGCGACAAUUGGAUUGCUGUAUGAAGCGUGUUGUUGAUGUACUUGGUUCUGAAUGGGCAUCUCACAGAGAAGGUAAGCAACUUCUUAAUUUGUUUUUUUUUUGUAUACUUUUUUGAUUUGGACAUUUAUCUUAAUUAAAAUGUUGUUUUAGGUGUUGAGCUGAAGAAAGAGGAUGAACGCUUCCGACAAAAGCUGAACACCGAUAUUCUACUGGAACAAUGGAUAAACUUGCUUCAGGACAAGAACAUUUCGGCCAAUACUAGGAUGUUUUUGGUCGAUAAGCAACAGAAGGACGGAAAACAGUUGCUGCAUCUUAAAGUCAACUUCUCGACUGAUCUUUUCGAGUUAUGCAAAGGUGUCAGAACGAUGAAAUCUAUGAAUUCCAGAGCUCCAUUCAAGCUUCUUAAUGUAGCCCAUCACAUUAUCAAUAUCUAUCCUUUCGCUAUUUCCUUGAUUCAAUCUGUUCGCAACUACGAGAGUACUAAUGCUAUGGUAGCUUCACAGCCAGGAGCUGAAAUGUUGGUAGCCAACUUCAAGAAGGAUCUUCACAAAUUGUUUAUCGAAGUAAGUUUGGGAUAGUUAUAUCAAGUAUGAUAUGUUUAGAUUGCUGGUCAAGUGUGGGAUUCAUACAAAACAGAAGCUUUGGUGAACAAGGUUGCGGAUUCUGUUGUCAACUACCAGGAGAAGGUAUACGAGUUGCUUGGAAUUCUGUCGAACAUUGACAAGGACGUACGACAAUUGGACACUUGUCCUUAUAAUGCCAAGGAAAUUGGCAAGAUUCUUGGAUCAAUUCAGAACAACGUUGAUCUGCUGUCUUACGGUAGCUUUUCGAAUCAAGUGUUUUGGAUGGAAAAGUUGGACAAACAGGUUAGUUAUAGAGUGUAGAUAGCUUUAAUAGCUUGAAACCUUAUAGAUUGAAGAAAAGCUGGCUGCCAGAGUUGAGGACGCCGUUGCUCACUGGGUACGGUACUUGAAGAUUAACCCAGAAGACAUUGAAGAGCAAUGGGAAGGCGAGAUCACGCCUAUCAAGUUGUCGCUACGUAUAUCUUCUCAGUGUAUGAAUGUCAAUCCAUCUAUCGAACAUGCUCACGUCAGUUUGACGAACCAACUCUUCCAAUGGCACGGUGUAGUCACAAAACAGCCUAGAGUUGUCGCAAACAGGCAUCAGGUAGGUAUUGAUUUAAGGCGUUCACUUGAUAUUUAAUUUGUCUUUAAUUAAUAAAGUUAUUUUUAUUUGUAUUUUGUAGCCGACGAUGAAGCAGAAGCAAGAGAACACAACCUACAAAUCGUGUUUGUUGAAAAUGCCAAACGGCAAGAAGAUUCUGUACGAAGCCUACAAAGUGAUUCAUGAUGUCAUGGGAAGAGUGUCUAGCUACGUGAACGAAUGGGUUAGAUACCAAGUAUUGUGGGAUCUUCAGGCUGACAAGAUCAACGAGAAGGUUGAAAACGAUUUGGACAAGUGGAUCAAGGUUUUGGUGGAGAUUCGCGAUAUCAGAAAGAAGUUGGACGACACCCAGGCCAAAGGAAUGUGUGCCUUCCCGAUUCACGUUGAUGUCAGCGAAGUUCAAAGCAAAGUACUAAGCAAGUACGAGUUCUGGCAGAAGGAGAUUCAACAACGCUUUGUUUCUGUGUUGGGAGAUGCUAUGAUAACAUUCUACAACGAGAUUUCCAAGAUCAGACCAGAGCUGGAAAGCCAAUCUUUAGAUUCUGUUACUUCGGAUGCUAUCGCUUUGAUUACUACGGUACAGGGAUUGAGGAAGAGGAUCGACGUUAACGAUGCCAUUGUUAACAAGUUCAAGUUGGGCGAGCAGAUUGUGGUAUCUCAACGUCAUCAACUACCUCAUUCAUGGGUUUAUGCAGAACACGUGGCUGGAGAAUGGAGUGCUUUGUUGGAAUUGCUGAACAGAAAGAACACUGCUAUUCAGUCUAGAGUAAGUUUGUCGAAAGCUAAUCUGUUUUACCUGAGAAUUGGUUAAAUAUUUUUAUUAUUUCAGGUAGCCAAUCUUCAACAACGUAUAAAAGAAGAAGACGAGAUCGUCGAGAAACAUGUUGUUGACGUUCUUAACGAAUGGGACAAGUCAAAGCCGACUUACGGAGAAAGAAAGCCAAGAGAUGCUCUACAAGUAUUGGGAUCGUUUGAAGAGAGGUUCUUGAAGGUACGAGAAGACAGAGAGAACAUGGUCAGAGCUAAGAAUGCCUUGGACAUUACCGACAAUCUGAGAAUUGGAAAUCAAGUGUCAAAGCUGGACAUUGCUAUCGAAGAGCUGAAUGAUUUGAGAAGUAAGCGGAUGGCUUUUAUUCAAAUUCAAUUUUAACGUUUUUUCUAUUUAUUAUAUUAAUUUAGGUGCUUGGAAUGCUUUGAAUCCUCUGUACGACCAAAUCGAGGAGUUGAAGGAGAAGAGCUGGUUGAUUGUUCAGCCAAGAAAGAUACGACAAGUCAUUGAAGAAUUGAUGAUUUCACUGAAGAAGCUGCCAUCACAAUUCCGUUCAUAUGAAUCUUAUGAACAAACAAAGAGAAUGUUAGAAAAUUACUCUCGAGUAAGUUGAUUUCAAGGUGAAAGUCAACAAAAAACUCAAGAAUCAAAAAAAUUUUGGAAUAAAAAUGUCAACAGUUAUCUAGAAAAAACAUAUGUGCAACAUAUAACAACAUGAUGCAAAGUUAAUCCUUUCAGAUGAAUCCAAUGAUCACCGAACUGCGUUCCGAAGCUCUGAAAGACCGCCACUGGGAGAAACUGAUCCGCGAGUUGCGUGUGAAUUGGAAUCUGAACGAACUGACUUUAGGCCAAGUCUGGGAGGCGGAUCUGUUGCGACACGAAACGGUCGUACGCCAAAUAUUACUCGUCGCUCAAGGCGAGUUGGCGUUGGAAGUGUUCCUGAAGCAAGUGAAAGACUUUUGGCAGGGAUAUGUGGUCGAAUUGGUGAACUAUCAAAACAAGACGAGUCUUAUCAGAGGCUGGGACGAUUUGUUCAAUAAAUUGAAAGAACACAUCAAUUCUUUGACAGCUAUGAAGCUGUCGCCCUACUACAAAGAAUUUGAGGAGGAUGCCUUGUCGUGGGAAGACCGUCUCAACAAGAUCAACUCUCUGUUUGAUGUUUGGAUUGAUGUACAAAGACGCUGGGUAUACCUGGAAGGCUUGUUCUCGGGUUCUGCCGACAUUGCUACACUUUUGCCAAUGGAAUCCAGCAAGUUCUCUGGAGUUUCAAACGAGUUCUUGGCUUUGAUGAGGAAAGUCAGCGCCAGCCCACGGAUUCUGGAAGUCGUUCAUUUCCAAGUAAGAUCUUUUUAUUUUGAAAUUUUAAAGACUUUCUGAUAUUAACAUGAUGUAUAAUAUUGUUUACAGGGUGUACAAAGACUUUUGGAACGAUUGGCUGAGAUCUUGGCCAAAAUUCAAAAAGCGUUGGGAGAGUACCUGGAAAGAGAACGGUCCUCGUUCCCUCGAUUCUACUUUGUUGGUGAUGAAGAUUUACUUGAAAUCAUGGGUAAUUCUAAGGAUAUGAUGAGGAUUCAGAAGCAUCUCAAGAAGAUGUUUGCUGGCAUCAUGACAGUCGACUUCAACGAGGAAACUCGACAGAUCUUGUCAUUGGUGAGCCGAGAAGGAGAGAACGUACAAUUGGAGACCCCGGUCGACUUGAACACUCAUCCUAGAAUUGACGAAUGGUUGAGGGAGUUGGAGAAUGAAAUGAAAAGAACAUUGGCCAAACUGUUGCACCGUGCUGUCGACGCCUUCAGUAAAUUCGAUGUGACUGCGCUUAAGGCUGAAGACUACAUGCAGUGGCUGGAUACUUACCCGGUAAGAUCUUUAACCAUUACAAUUAAGGUAUAAUUUUACUUUUUCAUAUUAUAUUGUUUUAGGCUCAAGUUGUUUCUAUCGCUGCCGACAUUUGGUGGUCUACAACAAUCGAAUCGGUGUUGUCUAGUGGAAAGAAGUUAGACGAUGUAUUGGGUAAUGUUGAAGGUACAUUGGCCUUGCUGUCCGAGUCAGUAUUGUGUGAUCAACCACCAAUCAGAAGAAAAAAAAUUGAAAAUUUGGUAGGUUUUGAAGCUGAAUUAGAUAUUGUUUUAGAGUUGUUGUAAAGGUUUAUAAAUAAAUAUUUCAGAUUACGGAAUUUGUUCACAAACGUGACGUAACCCGUAAACUGGUGAAACUUGGAGUUAGCAACAACACUGACUUCCACUGGCUACAAGUGAUGAGAUUCUACUUCGACAACAAGCAGAUCAACGACCCCACAAAGUGUUGUAUCAUCAGAAUUGCCAACGCUCAAUUUUACUACGGAUUCGAGUAUUUGGGUAUCCAAGAGCGGCUGGUUCAAACUCCAUUAACUGACAGAUGUUUCUUGACCAUGACACAAGCUUUGCAUUCUCGUUACGGUGGCUCUCCAUUUGGUCCCGCUGGUACAGGAAAAACAGAGUCAGUCAAGGCUCUGGGUCAUCAGUUGGGUCGAUUUGUGUUGGUGUUUAACUGCGACGAAACUUUCGAUUUCCAAGUAAGUUUUGCCAAAAGAUGUUUGUAUACUUUACUUUAGGCUGUUGGUCGUAUCUUGGUGGGUCUAUGUCAAGUCGGUGCUUGGGGUUGUUUUGACGAGUUCAAUCGGCUGGAAGAAAGAAUGUUGUCUGCUGUUUCACAACAGAUCCAGACUAUUCAAGAAGCCGUCAGAGCUGGAGGUCAGAUGUCAGUGAACUUGGUCGGAAAGAACUUGAAUGUAAAUUCUAACAUGGCCAUAUUCAUCACGAUGAAUCCUGGAUAUUCUGGAAGGUCCAACUUGCCUGACAACUUGAAACAAUUGUUCAGAUCGUUGGCUAUGACACAACCUGACAGAAAUCUAAUUGCCGAAGUUAUGUUAUUUUCACAAGGUUUUAGUACCGCGGAGGUUUUGGCCAAGAAGAUCGUUCCAUUAUUCAUGUAAGUAUCACAACAAUGAAGUGUUUGUAUGAGUCUUUGAUUAAAAUAAUUAAAAACAUUUCAGUUUAUGCAAAGAACAGUUGUCCAACCAAUCUCACUACGACUUCGGUCUUCGUGCUUUGAAGUACGUGUUGGUAUCUGCUGGUAACAUAAAACGAGAAGAGCUACAAACUGCAAAGGGAGCUCAAGAAACCGACUCUCAGAUUGCCGAACAAAGAAUUCUUAUUCAAUCAGUUUGUGAUACAUUGAUUCCAAAAUUGGUCAGUGAAGACAUUACGUUGUUGUCUUCUCUGCUUCAAGAUGUGUUCCCUGAUGUGUCCUACAAACCAAAAGAAAAUCAAGCGUAAGUUCAUUUUGAUGAUUUCUCAUGUAAUGUUUAGCUGAAUUUUACAGUUGUUAUUUACCUGAUUUUUACAAAUUGUUCUUAUAGAUUACGUGGGGAAAUCGCCAAAGUUUGCGACAAAUUGUUCUUGUCGUAUUCUGAAGUCGCUGGACAAAAUGGUCACUUGUGGUUGGAGAAGGUGAUGCAGCUGUAUCAAAUCACCAAUCUCAAUCACGGUUUAAUGUUGGUGGGUGCAAGUGGAUGUGGUAAGACAUUGGCCUGGAAAGUGUUGUUGAAGGCGUUGGAGAACUACGAGAAGGUCGAGGGAGUAGCUCACGUCAUCGAUGCUAAAGCUAUGUCGAAGGAUUCGUUGUACGGUGUUUUAGAUGCCAAUACUCGAGAAUGGACAGAUGGUUUGUUCACUCACAUCAUCAGAAAGUAAGUUAUUGUAGCUGAUUACUGAUAAUUGUUUAGAAUCAUCGACAACAUUCGAGGAGAGGCUGACAAAAGACAGUGGAUCAUCUUCGACGGAGACGUGGAUCCUGAAUGGGUUGAGAAUCUGAACUCUGUUCUUGAUGACAACAAACUGCUGACGCUGCCAAACGGAGAACGUCUUUCAAUCCCACCAAACGUCCGUAUCAUUUUCGAAGUGUCUGAUUUGAAGUAUGCUACACUGGCUACGGUAUCUCGUUGUGGAAUGAUUUGGUUCAGUGAGGACGUUGUAACAGCUGAUAUGCUCUUUGAGAACUACCUUGCUCGUCUCAAGAAUCUGCCACUGACAGCUGAUGCCAAGAACUCGAACGACGACCUGUUGGCCACAUGUACAAGUACUUCUGAACAAAAGGCUUCUGGAGACAUGAUGCAGGCCAGUAUGGCUGGUGGAGCUGUGUCGACGACUGGAUUGGAGGCUUCUUCUGCUUCUAUGUCUGUGUCGUCGGUAUCCUUGUUCACAACAUCGGCUACAACUGCACCGUCGAGCAAUUCAGUCCAGAAUCAGAAGGCCCUUUACAUUCAGAACGUCUGUUCACUGGCUUUAUCUGAUCACUUCAAUGCCAAUGGAUUGAUACCUCUGUCUUUGAAUUUCUCAAUGGAAAACGUGGAGCACAUUAUGGAAGUGACAAAACAACGCCUUCUGUUGGCCUUCUUCUCUAUGAUGAACUACUCAGUUAGACAAAUCAUCAACUACUGUGAAUUACAUCAAGACUUCCCGUUGCAUGAUGAUCAGGUACAAAGCUAUGUCAACAGAGCCAUGUUGGUCAACUUGGUUUGGUCGCUGUCUGGAGAUGGCAAGUGGAGAUGUCGCCAGAAGUUGUCCAACUUUGUCCGUGACUCAACAACAAUCAUGUUGCCACCAAAUGAUCAGCAACCGAUUAUCGACUACGAAGUUGUUAUUGAGAACGGUGAGGUGCAGUGGGCACAGUGGGCUAGGAAGGUACCAAAGCUUGAGAUCGAUGCCAACAGGGUGGCUUCUGGAGAUGUUGUUGUACCAACAAUGGACACUGUACGUCACGAGCUGUUGCUGAACACGUGGUUGAGUGAAAGAAAACCUUUGGUAUUGUGUGGUCCGCCAGGUUCUGGUAAAACAAUGACAUUGCUGUCAGCUUUAAGGUAGGUAUUUAGGAAUAUAUUUUGUACACUAAAGUAAAAUUAAUUUUCCAAUUAAUGUUUUGUAGAUCUCAGCCGGACAUGGAUGUUAUCAACGUCAACUUCUCGUCAUCUACAACUCCUGAGCUUCUUCUGAAGACCUUUGAUCAUUACUGUGAGUACAGAAGAACACCGAAUGGCCUGGUCUUGGCUCCAGUCCAGAUUGGCCGAUGGCUGGUCAUCUUCUGCGAUGAAAUCAACUUACCAACUCCCGACAAGUACGGUACUCAACGAGUCAUCUCUUUCUUGAGGCAACUAGUUUCCCAAAACGGAUUCUACCGACCAAGCGACCAGCAAUGGAUUUCGUUGGAAAGAAUCCAGUUCGUUGGUGCUUGUAACCCUCCAACUGAUCCAGGACGUCACCCACUCUCGGAACGAUUCCUCAGACAUGUUCCAGUCGUUUAUGUUGAUUACCCUGGUCGCUCUUCUCUUGUUCAGAUUUACGGUACCUUUAUCAGAGCUGUGCUUCGUAUCUUCGGACAUCUGUUUACAUAUGCUGAAGCCAUCACUGACGCUAUGGUCGAAGUUUAUUUGAAGUCGCAAGAACGUUUUACUCAAGACGACCAACCUCACUAUGUCUACUCACCUCGUGAACUAUCAAGAUGGGUUCGUGGAAUUAGUGAAGCCAUCGCUCCUUUGGAUACGCUGGAGUUAACUGAUUUGAUCAGGUUGUGGGCUCAUGAAGCUCUACGGUUGUUCCAAGACAGGUUGGUGUACGAUGAAGAACGGAAGUGGACAGACGAGCUGGUUGAUGAAGUUGCUGGAAAGUACUUUGGCUCAGUCAUCAACAUCACGGAAACUCUACAAAGACCACUGUUGUACUCGUGCUGGUUGACAAGAAACUACAUGCCAGUUACAAGGGAAGAACUUCAGAAGUACGUGGAAGCGAGAAUCAGAAACUUCUGCGAAGAAGAGUUGGACGUCAAGUUGGUACUCUUCGACCAGAUGUUGGAUCACAUUUUGAGGAUUGACCGAAUCUACAGACAGCCUCAGGGACAUCUCUUGUUGAUUGGUGUUUCUGGAGCUGGGAAGACCACUUUGUCAAGAUUCGUGGCUUGGUUGAAUGGAUUGUCUGUCUUCCAACUGAAGGUAAGCUAUGGAAGUUUGACUUGUAUAUCUUAUUUAAGGUCCACUCGAAAUACACUGGAGCUGACUUUGACGAAGACAUCAGACAUGUUCUUCGUCGUGCUGGUUGUAAGGGAGAGAAGAUCUGCUUCAUCAUGGACGAGUCGAACAUGUUGGAUACUGGAUUCUUGGAAAGACUGAACACACUAUUGGCCAAUGGAGAAGUUCCUGGCCUGUUUGAAGGCGACGAGUUCACAACCUUGAUGAACCAAGUCAAGGAGAAUGCUCAACGUCAAAACUUGAUGUUGGAUUCUAAUGAUGAAUUGUACAAGUUCUUCACUAAUCAAGUAAGCAGUAUAUUUAGUUGUAUUAAUAUUGAUUUAGGUUAUCCGUAAUCUGCACGUCGUGUUUACUAUGAACCCGUCUGGAGAUGGCCUCAAAGAAAGAGCUGCGACUUCACCUGCUUUGUUCAACAGAUGCGUAUUGAAUUGGUUCGGAGAUUGGGAUAAUUCUUCGUUGUACCAAGUUGGUGUUCAGUUGACCCAAACAAUUGACAUGACUCGACCUGAAUAUGUUCCACCAAUGGCUAUGAACCGCUGUUGCGAGUUGGUUUCUGAGCCUAUCGAGUACCAUCAUUCAGUAAUUAAUGCGUUCGUUCACAUCCACAACACCGUCAGAAAGAUCAACGAAACAGAAGGCAAGAAGGGACACCAAGUCAUGGCUCUGACUCCCAGACACUUCCUCGACUUCAUCCAGCACUACAUCAGGUUGUUCAAGGAGAAGCGAGAAGAACUCGAGGAAGAACAACGACAUCUUGACAUUGGAUUACAAAAGAUCAGCGAGACUGAAGAACAAGUUCAAGAGCUACAGACUUCGUUGACGAGUAAGAGUAAAGACCUCGAGGAGAAGAAUCACGCUGCCAACACUAAACUACAACAGAUGGUCGAGAAUCAGAAUAAGGCCGAGAACGAAAAGAUAUUGUCAGAAAGGUUACGGAAGGAACUAGCGGCAGAUUUGGUACAGAUCGAAAAGAAGAAGGAAGAAGUCGGUACUGACCUUGCUCAAGUAGAACCAGCUGUGGAGGAAGCCAAACAAGCUGUGAAAGGAAUCAAGAAACAACAAUUGUCAGAAUUGAGAAGUAUGCAGUCUCCGCCUGCUGUUGUCAAGUUGGCUUUGGAGUCGAUUUGUAUUCUGCUGGGAGAAGACCCUAACAUUGAUUGGAAGGGAAUCAGAACAGCUAUGGUCAAAGAUGAUUUCAUCCCUCGAAUUCUUCAAUUCGAUUCUGAAAAUGUCAGACCAGAAAUCUUGGCCGCUGCACAGAAAUAUGCCAAACAUCCAGAUUUCCACUUUGAAAAGGUGAGUUUCUUCUAAUCUUUUUAUCUUUUUAACGAUUGAAUGUGUACUUGAUGUUGUUUUAGGUGAACCGUGCUUCUGUUGCUUGUGGACCAAUGGUAAAAUGGGUAAAGGCACAGAUCUUGUACUCAGACAUGCUCGGAAAGGUAGAGCCAUUGAGAAAUGAGUUGAUCAGAUUAGAAAAUGAUGCCAAAACAAAGACCCAGAAGUGCGACGAGUUGGAGAAAGUAAUCACAGAAUUGGAACAGUCGAUCGCUUCGUAUAAGGACGAGUACGCCAAACUGAUCGCUCAAGCCGAAUCCAUCAAGUCAGACCUGGCUUUGGUACAAGAAAAGGUUCAACGUUCCAUCCAGUUGCUCAAGUCGUUGAGAGCCGAACGCGACAGAUGGCAGAACGGAUGCGACAACUUCAGUCAGCAGAUGGAUACGUUAGUUGGAGAUGCUGUUGUAUCUGCUGCCUUCUUGUCGUAUGCUGGUUACUACGAUCAACAACUCCGAUCAGUGCUUUUCCAUCGCUGGAUCACCCAUUUGGAAGCUGGAGAGAUCAAGUACAGAAACGAAAUCGCCCGGAUUGAGUACUUGUCGACCGUCGACGAACGCUUGGAAUGGACCAACAACGGAAUGCCAAAGGACGAUCUGUGUAUGGAGAACUCGAUAAUGAUCAAACGCUUCAACAGGUUCCCUCUGAUCAUCGACCCGAGUGGGCAAGCCAUCGAGUUCAUGCAGAAACAGUACGGAGGAAAGGGCAGCAACUUCCAAACUACUUCAUUUUUGGAUCCAGCCUUUAGGUAGGACUUACUUCUGUGAUAAAGUGAAAUGAUUAUUGUUUUAACUUAAUUUUUUGUUUUAGAAAGACUUUGGAAUCAGCGCUUCGGUUUGGAACGAUCCUGUUGGUCAAAGAUGUUGAGAACUACGAUCCCAUCUUGAAUCCUGUGCUGAACCGGGAAAUCAAACACACAGCUGGUCGAGUUUUGAUCACCAUUGGAGAUCAGGACAUUGAUUUGUCUCCCGCCUUCAAGGUCUUCUUGGUUACUCGUGAUUCUUCGGUAAAUUUUUAUCUUUGUGUUUUGCUGUUUAUAUUUUUAUUUAAUUGUAUUAAAAAUCUUUUUUUCAGGUCAACUUCCCACCAGAUGUUUGUUCUCGAGUUACUUUUGUCAACUUUACCAUCACAAGAACUAGCUUGGAAACCCAAUGCCUCCACCAAGUACUCAGAAGUGAACGUCCUGACAUUGAUAAGAAAAGGAACGAUCUGCUCAAGUUGCAAGGAGAGUUUGCCGUCCGACUUCGACAGUUGGAGAAGGCGUUGUUGGGAGCCUUGAACGAGUCCAAAGGAAAGAUUCUAGACGACAAUUCGGUGAUCACAACCUUGGAGAAGCUGAAGAGUGAAGCCAGCGAAGUGUCGAGAAAAGCGGCCGAGACUGAUGUUGUUAUGGCUGAAGUCGAAAAGGUGUCAGCCCAGUAUUCCAAGUUGGCAUUAAGUUGUUCAUUGAUCUAUUUGAGCUUGUACCAUCUCCACGAAGUCCACUUCUUGUACAGAUACUCGUUGGACUUCCUUUUGGAUAUCUUUACGUCGGUUCUUAGCUCUCCAGAGCUUAAAGAUGCUAAAGAACCUGCAGCUCGCCUCAACAUUAUCAUCAACAACUUGUUCCAGGUAAGAAUUUUUCAUGUUUUGUUAAAUUCUAAAUUAUUAAGAGUACGUUUUUGAAAAUAUCCUUGUAGUUGUCGAGUAAAUAAAGGUUUCAUUUUUAGGUAUCGUACCGCCGUGUGUCGCAAGGAAUGUUGCAUAACGACAAGUCCAUGUUUGCCUUGUUGUUGUUGAGAAUCUAUUUGAAGUGCUUCAAACACGAAAACGCCUACGAAGCCUACUUUGAUCACAUUCUUCUGAAGGCCGAUCUCUUCACUACAGAUGCUUCAAAGAAGACUUUGGAGCAGGCUUCGGCUAUUCAGAUUCCAGGAGUACAUGAAAAGCACGCUCUCUCUUUGCUGGCAUUGUCUCAGCUGCCAGACUUUAAGAAUAUUGUGGACAAGUGUUCUUCUAAUAAGGAGCUGGAACAGUUCAUGAACGCUGACAAACCGGAACUUGACGUGCCUGUAUUGUGGGACGAUUCUACACAAGAUGGAAUCGUGGUUUCUUUCAACGAACUUCUUGUUAUCCAUGCUCUGAGACCUGACAGAUUGCUGGCUUCGCUCCACAUUCUCAUCUCCACCGUGUUUGGCACUGACUUUAUGCAGCAGGACAAGGUCAUGGACUUAGGAUCCAUUCUCGAGACUGAGGUAUGUUUGGUUGAUUACAACUUUAUUUUUAAAGAUUACAUUCUUUUUUACUGUUAAUCUUUUACAGGUGAAUUGCAAGACUCCCGUCCUAUUGUGUUCCACAACAGGUCACGAUGCUUCUGGUCAAGUUGAAGACCUGGCCUUGAAUAUGAAUAAACAAGUGACUUCGAUUGCCAUCGGUUCAGCCGAAGGUUUCCAACAAGCCGAACAAGCUCUGGAAUCUUCAGGAAAGUCAGGAAGAUGGAUUUUGUUGAAGAACGUGCAUCUGGCCCCAACAUGGUUGAAUCAGAUCGAAAAGAGACUUCAGAAUCUGAAACCUCAUCCACAAUUCAGAAUUCUAAUGACAGCCGAAAUCAAUCCAAAACUACCAGCCACUAUUAUUCAGGUAAGACCUCCGUCUCACUUCAUAUUUUGACUAUGUUUUCAGGCUUCUCACGUUCUUGUCUUCGAACCAGCGUCUGGACUAAAGGCCAAUUUGUUGAGAUCAGUAUCUUCAAUUCCGGCCGGCAGAAUCUCCAAGUCUCCAGCCGAAAGAAGCCGUCUCUACUUCUUGAUCUGCUGGUUCCAUGCUUUGGUUCAAGAAAGACUUCGCUAUCAACCACUUGGCUGGGCUAAUUCGUACGAAUUCUCGGAUUCUGACCUUCGAGUGGCUUGCGACACUCUCGAUUUUGCUUUGGAUUCCAUCGCUCAAAACAGGUCCAAUGUGUCGCCAGAAAAGCUGCCAUGGUUGGCACUGCGUACAUUGCUUUCACAAUGUAUUUAUGGUGGUAAAAUCGACAAUAAAUUUGAUCAGGUAUGUGUUUUGACUGAUGAAUUGCUUGGUUGAUACUCUUGUAAAUUCAUUUUAAAAUUUUUAGACUUUGCUUGACUGUUUCUUGGACAAAUUGUUCACGCCAAAACUUUUUGACCACGAUCAUGUUUUGAUCAACGACAUUGAUGGCAAAGCAUCACGUCUCACUGUUCCUGAAGAAACCAACAAGGACGCCGUUAUGGUUUGGAUGCAUAACAUCAAGUCGGCACAGAUGCCUAACUGGAUUGGCCUUCCAAACAACGCCGAAAAGGUUCUGUUAACAGUCAGAGGACAGGAACUGUUGAGGAACAUGCUGAAGAUGUCUGAUGAUGAGUUGGCUUACGCCGAUGGAGACGAUGACAAGGCUGCCGCCCCAUCGUGGCUCGCUCAGUUGUCAGAACUGGCUCAAAGAUGGUUGUCAUUGUUACCCAAGCAAGUCACCAAAUUCAAGAGGACCAAAGAGAACAUCAAGGAUCCGUUGUUCAGGUUCUUCGAAAGAGAAGUCACCACCGGCAGCAACUUGCUUCAGACAGUUCGUCACGACCUAGAAGACUUGGUAGCUUGUGCCAGAGGGGAACAGAAACAAGACAACCGAAUCAGAGCGGUCGCCAACGCUUUGAACAAAGGAGCCGUUCCACAACUAUGGACUAGAUAUACAGUACCAUUGUCUGUCACCGCUGCAGAAUGGAUUAAGGACUUUGAACAGAGAAUCGUUCAGUUGGUCAAGUUCAGCGAAUCUACUUGUUUGAGGGAUGAACCCGUCUGGCUUGGUGGAUUAUUCUCUCCAGAAGCCUACAUCACAGCUACAAGACAAUUAAUUGCCCAAACCAACGGAUGGUCGUUGGAACAGCUCAACAUGCAUGUAUCUGUUGGAUCUAAUGCUCCAGCUGACAGAUUUACAAUAUCAGGUAAGGUUUCAAUAUACAACCGAUUUCGUAUGGCUCUUCUCCAUUACUUAAUUUAAUUUUAAAGGAAUGGAAAUUGUUGGUGCUGAAUGCAAGUCAGGAAACUCCGUCAGCCUUAUUGAUGAUGUUCAAAGCAGCGUCGGAGAACUGCAUUUCUCAUGGAAACUCGAAAGCAACAAAGUUGAAACUAUCAGUUUGCCAGUAUACCUGUACUCAAAUCGCCGCAACCUGCUUUUCACAAUCAAUCUACACCCAGAAAACUUUCAGAAGUCAUUGCUUUACGAAAGAGGAGUUUGUGUAUUCAGUAAUGUCACUUUAUCUUAA